CACUAGUGGGUAUAGGCAGGCCUUGACCGACAGCGGUUGUUGUGCCAAAGAAGAAGAAGUGAAUGCCAAUUAGCGCAUUACGAUGCUUAGUAUAAUGAUAGCUUUUAAAGUAAAUUAAUGUAAUGUGCGAAUAAAAUCAGGUCUCUUUAACUUAUUUUACGCAAUAACCGGAGUUACAUCGAUUCGAAAAGUAUUUAAAUGGUUUAACUAACGAAUAUGUAAUCAUGUUACGAUAAGAGUACGUAUUCAUUGUGAAUUCGACAUACUUUUGAUUGAUCUUUUCAUGUAUUAUGUGAUGCAAUCUUAGAAGACUCGACUUGCUGUGAUGAUGACUUUACUUGGGUAUACGCUCACAACCAUCAUGAAGCGCCAAAGGCUUCCGUUGAAUCUGACCGACGAUCCGUUUCACAAACAACAGCAACUCGAUCGGUUCCACGUGACCAACAACGUAGUCGAGAAAUGUCAAUACAAAAAACUGAUCAAUGUCAAUCCACAGCUAACACAAUUAGUAUCGGGGAAGCAGUUCCUUGUGGCAAGCCACCCAGACCUUCACGGGAAACUGGUAGCCUAGAUCGACGGCGGAACUUACGCUCAAGUCGUCACGAGCGAGAUGGAAAAAGCCACAGUACACAUUCACUAAAAGAAAAUUCAUCUUCGUCCGAAUUUCAUAAACACGAUUCUAUGUCCAGCAAUCUCAGUUUAAAUUCUAAAGAUCAUCUGCAAGACUCGGGAAGCUUUCACAAUUACAACAUUGGUGAUAGUGGAAAUCCACAUCAACGUCAUGGCUAUCCACCUCAUCCUCAAAAUGCAUGUACAAGUCCUAGUAUGUGGGAACCACCACCACCGCCGCCAUUGUCUCCUUGGGAUCCACAAUACUACUGGAUUAAUCCGCAUUGUCGCCACCAAAGCAAAGAAGAGUUGAGAUUAAUCGACUAUCAUCGCCGGCAGCAAGAAUUGUACCAAUAUGGAAACAGAAGUGGGCUAAGUAGUAUGCAGGAUUUAUCUUGCUCUAGUGGCUGCUGUAAUCGAAACUAUUAUCAUCAUCCACCUCUGCCGGUUUGUUGCCCAUUGGAUCAUCGCACGCAAUGGAUCAACGAUGUUCAGCGCCAUGACACUGAUGAACGGCUACGACGUUUACAAAAGGACAAAGAAUCACUAGCUUUGCAAGUUAAAACACUUACAGAGCAUAUGCAGACACAAUCUACAAAAAUAAGUGAAUUGGAAAACAUGUUAAAAGAGAAAAAUCAGCUGCUAUCCAGCGCAGAAGAUCUCCUGCAGCGAGUAAGCGUAUUUGCAAAAACAGUUGGCAUCCAGAUUGACAAACAAAAAGAAAUGCUUUCGAGAUCUUCGCUUGAAACACAAAAAUUAGAGCUCAUGUCAGCGAUGAGUGAGCUCAAACUUCAACAAGCUGCCCUAGAAAGAGAAAAUUUGGAACUUCGUACAACUUUUGUAACUAAUAGCGUGGCAUCUAGUGGAUUAUUCAAUGGAAGUCUUGCAAAUGGAUCAGGGAGUGGAUCAGCGAUAACAAAUGUGCUUAAUAACAACAGCAUUACGUCUAGUUUGCUCAGAAGACCCCAGAUUAUUACGAAUACUAGAAUGGUAGGCAUGUCCGCCUCUACUCCAGGAGCUUCAAUGAUCUCGUCUCCAAUACAUCAUGGCAGCCAUGGGAGUUUACAACAAGCGGCAAUUAGUCCUAUUACUCCGAAGACCCCACCGGCAUCUUAUCGACAACGUAUCGAUGUGCACUACAGUAGUCUUCCAAGACAAGCCUUUGCUACUACAUUAUCAACGGUUAGCACCUCCAGCGGCUCUUCAACAGCAACAGAUAGUAACGCCAACCCUAAACGAAACGUAGCUUUUGGUAAUUGCAUCCCUUUAUUAGAAGAUUAUUUUCACAUAAGAUCAAAAACAGUGGAAGAAUCAUCACACGUACAUCUUUUGGGUGCGAAGAAUAUAGAUGAAAAACAAUCAGAUCGAAAAUCUCUACCACUACCGAUAGAAAUCAUAAAUUACGGUGGUCUUGAUAAUGUUGAUGAUAAAUGUAUUAAAAAUUCUUCUUUAGGUAAUGUUCGUUCGAUCAACAAACGAUUACAACUACCUAAGCUUACAACGUCCAGCUCAAUGAAUGCUCUUCUGCUAGCCACAGCAUUGCAACGAACAGAAUCUAAUCUGAGACAUAUGAAAUCGGUAUCAGCACAAGAGUUAAUGUUCGAUGCUGCAUCCAAUGACCACAAUGAUGCAUCUCGAAUAAAAGAUGAAAUGAUUUGUUUAGAAAAUGAGAACCGUUGCCACGAACGAGCGAAUACUGAACCUCCAUCGGCAGCAUUAUUAGAUGACGAAGUAGGAGCAUCAUGCGUUCAAAACACGAAUGAAAAUAUGGCGACAGAAACCGUGAAAAACUGUGAGAUGGAAUUAACAUCCGAUUUCGAUGCUCUUCUAAACUUAGAGAAAACGUGUGAAAUUGCCCCGUUUGAUUCAAAGAACAAUACAGGACAAAUACCCAACAAAAUCGAUAGACUACGUGGAUUUUCAGUACCAAAUUUAGCUGAUGCAGAAAAUCGCGAUAAUGGGAUCUUAGAACACGGUGAAAGUGGUGUGCAGCCCACUCGCAGCUUCACCCCUCAACCUUCGCCAUCGCCGUCUAUGAGCCACAAAUUAAAGAACAUUUUUGGUAAGAUCAAAAGAAGUAACAGUGGAACCUUGGACGAUAUUACAACUCCGGAAGGUGAAUUUAAACGUGGAGGAGUUCGUGCAACCGCUGGGGCUCGUCUGGGUUGCAGUGGAUCGACUCCAUAUCGAAAACCUGAUAAACCGUUCCGCGAAUGGGAUGUAGAUACAAUCUGCCAUUGGUUCGAGCAUCUGGGUUUAAAUAUGUAUGAGGAAGAUUUACGAAAGUGGAUCAAAUCGAGCACGAUGCCUGGAAGCGAAUUGAUGAAAGCCUCGCCAGUAGAUAUUGAAAAAGAGUUAAGUUUGCGAAAUCCAUUGCAUCGAAAAAAGAUAGUGUUAGCUAUUGCCGAUAUUUCGGGGACGGUGGGAGACGACGGGUUGUUUGAGAACGCUGGAAAGCUGGAUUCAACAUGGGUUCAGCGAUGGUUAGACGAUGUUGGUUUGCCCCAAUACAAAGAACCCUUCAUGGCGGCCCGAAUGGAUGGACGAAUGCUACACAAAUUGACGAUGGACGAUUUGGGCCAUUUGCAAAUAUCCUCUUGUUUGCACGUGGCUAGCAUUCGUCGCGGUAUACAACUUAUGCGUAAUGAAAAAUGGAAUCCCGAUUGUCAUAUUCGUCGGCCAUUGCAACUUGGAUUUAAUGCAAAAGACGAUGUAAGGUUAUGGACUUCGCAAAGAGUCCAUGAAUGGUUACGAGCCGUCGAUUUGGCAGAAUAUGCCCCUAAUUUGCGUGGAUCUGGAGUACAUGGAGCUCUCAUGAUAUUCGAAGUUAAAUUUACAGCCGAACUUUUUGCUGAUUUACUGAACAUACCUUCAAGCAAAACAUUGUUACGUCGACAUUUGGCUACCCAUUUUAAGGAACUUCUGGGUCGGGAUAUCAUACAAGUGAAACGAGAGGCUGAAAAUACCCUUGGAUUCCAACCACUGACAAUUACGGCAAAAAUUAAGACGCCUAAAAAGUCUCAAUUUUCCUUAAAACGGAAAAAAAGCAACAAAGGUGGCAAUCUGGGAGGAGAUGAAUGGAGUGAUUAUGUCUGCCCAAUGGGUGGUUCAGGUCAGGAACAUUUAUCGCCUGCAUCUUCUUCAGCUUAUGAUCGAACUAGCACAAAUCAAGGCAGCAAUACUCCAAUUUCUGCUCUUUCUGCCUUUACGUCAAAUGCUUCUUCUCCUAAUACUAAUAUUGUCACUAGCAUCGCCAUGACGAAGGAUCCCUCAACGGCACCAAUUGCUUAUCCAGACAGCACAACCAGCAGCAUCUCCAGCACAACUACUUCCGGAGUCGGGUUGGAGCUUGCUUCAGUUCAACGUCAGCCGUCGAGUAGCGCACAGUUAGUAACAACGCCGAUAGUCAAUAAUAACGGUAUCGAAUAUAGAGGAGAAGGAGGUGGUAGCGAUUCUCCACUAUCAAUACGCAGUUCUACUGCUUCAACCUCCUAGCAGAGGAUAUUUUCCUGUUCCAUCUCGUCGACCGCCUCUUCUCCUGUACUCAGCAAUUUAAUAAUGAAUUACAAUCGUUCGGUGACGGCAGAUAACGACAAUAAUUCGGUAUGCACAAAAUUAACCGACAAUGUCAUUGCAUCCUUUUCUCCAGUUAAGGAUGUUUAUCCGAUAAGUUCGGUCAACCAAUCCAAUUAUUCUUCAACAUCGUCACUGGUAUCAAACAAUUCUACAAAAAAACAAAAAUCAUCUACGGUAACAAUAAUCGGAAGGAAAUUAGAUACAGUUACACUGUUGUCGGAUGCAUCCCACAAGCAAGUGACAGAUGCUCCUAUAGAAAACAUUGCAUGUAAUAUUCCUGUGCAGCGAUCGGCAUCGUUUAACUCCGCAUGCACGGUGCCAUUGAGCAUAAGUAAAACAAUACAGGUGAAAAACUCGGCUUCGUUUAGCAAUUGCUCCAUUCUUGCAAAAGUGGCAAAAAAAAGCUCUGUCUUGACAACUUUGACCACGAAUCCGGUACUUAAAAUUUCUUCCAACUCGGUGACGAAUAUUCUAAAGCAGCAAACGACAAACGUAACCUCUGGUUCUGCAAAUAGCAUGACCAAUACGUACAAGAGUAAUAUCACUGAAACUCUUGCAAAUGCUGGCAAUAAUAACCGAACUCAACCUAUGACAAAUAAAUCGGCUAGUGGUGGUAGCCUUUCCUCAUCUACUGGUCAGCUUCCUUCGUCUUCUUUGACUUCUCUUUCAUCAAGCGCGUCUUCUGUUAUGAAUGGCCCAGCAGGUGGUCAUCCAUUAUCACUUAAUCAAUCCAUUAGUACGACAGCUCUUUCGCUGGCACAAUUAAAAAAUAAUAGUACUUGUGAUUAUUACGUAUGAAUAAGUCAACGGAAUAUCCGGAAUAUGCAUAUGCUUGAAUGAAAACAUAGUUUUGCAACAGCUAAUGUAUGUCGCAAUAAUACAUAAGUCAGUGAGAUUCUAUCAGUAUGCAACAUAAACAAGUUUAAAUAAAACGACCCUCUACAUUGGAGCUAUGGUUAAAUGUUUGAUAAAAUGUUAUCAAAUUGAUUCAAUGACUAGUGAUAAUCGCAAAUGAAUAACAUUUCAAGUAGCAAGUUGCAGAAACACACAAAGCGGCAUUGUCACUAUGUAUAAUCAACGGCAUUUGUAGUAUGACGAAUUUAGAGAACGUUAUUUUCACUUACUAGACUGGUACCACUGUGCUGUAUGCCAGUAAUUGAAACCAUUAUGGACCAAAUUUAUUGUGGACAGUCGUGAAAUAGAUCGACAAAAAUAUUUUGGAAAUGUAGAGUAAACAAUAAAACAUCGAAGCCGCAAAGUUAGUAACGGUCGUUUCUUGAACGCUUCAAUUCUGCAUGAUACAUAUUAUAACACAGGGUAAAAUGAAGAGGUUUCUGGUUUACACUAUAAUAUUAAAUUUAUAUAACAGCAUACCAUUUGGAGCGAUAACAAUUGUGGCAUGUAACAUUUUACGAAAAUAUUCCAAGCAGUGGUUUAUCAAAACACGACCAGAAUACAAUUGAAAUAAAAUAUAUUACACGCUAAUGAAAGCCAAAGACAAUAAUCAGCUCUUGCAAUCGACACAUUGCAUACAUUUAGGACAUAUCUUCAAGGGUCUGUAUUGUCUACUAAUGCGUUAUACCAAUGGUAAUGGUUCAGCCGUUACAACAUGACCAAUUUCAAUUUUUAUACUAUUUAUUGCUACAAAUCUUUCCAUAUCGCUGAGUAAACCUAACAGCAAACACUAUAUUCUGAAAGUCAAGAACGUUGCGAUCGUUGAAAUUUCCAUUGCAUGUUUAUUUUGCUAAACAUAAAAUUUUUUUUUGCAAUAUUCUGUUCAAUAUAUCCAAGUAUCCCAAUAGCAUUGUAGCAAAGCAAACAACCAAAUGAUAACGUUGUUACCAUUUUUGAAUUCAUAUCCUUUUACAAAGCAAAUCACAAUCAUAAUCGUUUAUCUAGAAAAUAAAGAAUAACGUACCAUGUGACGGUAGACGCUGUUGGUAUUCAUACAGAAGCUUCUUUUGGUACGAAGCAUAUUAUACUAUCGUUUUUAUAUCAUAGUUUUUUUUUCAACACAUAGCAAAGCAGGAGUAUAACUAAUCUUUGAAUACAUAGAAAAAUACCAUUCAUUGAAAAUAAAAUAGAAACAUGGUUAUAUUCGACUAUUAGGAAAUUGGCAUGUUAAUGUUAAUUAACGUAAAUCUUAGAACGUUCUUUGCUGCAACAAAACGUUCGAUAAAACGAUAAAAUAUAUUAAUAAUAGAAUCAAUGACAUUACUAACAACUGACGAAACCUGUCUAUAGAAUUAUUAAGAAACAUUUGCAAAUUAUGAACAAAUUCAAACAAUUAGUUGAAUGGUACCGGUGAGAUACAGAAUGAUUCUAAAAUCCCGUUGCACAUGGAAACGAAAUGCCAAGUCACUUUAGAACGAUAGUAAACAAAAUAGGUAAACAGCAUAAAAUAGUCGAACUAGAACCUGUGAAAGCUGGAGUUAUGAUUCGAUUCCCCUCGAGACCUUAACCUCGUACAAAAGACUCCUGUUAAAGACCUGCGUAAGACCAGACCUGUAUGAGUCAUUUAAGCCAAGGUGCAGGAACAUAAACAUCAAGAAACAUAAAAUAAAUAAGUGUUCGUCCUUAGGAAAGGUAAGAAAGCAUAAACAUGAACCACCUAAAUCAGUUAAAAAAUUGAUCAGUAACGUGAAAAACGAUUUAUAAGCGCCUAGCAAAUUCAACCAUUCAACCAAGUAGCAAAUCGGCUUUGAUGAUAUGAAGGCUCAUGCAAAAAUGACAUGAAAUGUUAAUAAAAUUAAUUAUUGGAUAAA